CGACCUGUCUGUGCGUACGUGACGCAUGGGAGGGGGGAGACUACUUAAGGGCGGAUUAACGCUGGCAAGACAUUAAAUCCAACCUGCCUCCAUUCAGACGCAGCGCCCAGCCUAUCAACCUGAUCUGAAGAUCGAAAAUAGGAGGGCUUACAGUAAUCAGCCCUCACACUCUGAUGACAAGGAACGGCGUGGCCACGUUGUGGGAGCGCUCAGCACGCACAGCUGGACUCUUCCUGGCGCUGCGCUCUCAGCACACAUCCAACCAGAUAGCGCACAGAGACAGGAGGAAGGCAGUAGGAGCAUCCCGUAACGGGUGCCUUUUUUAGUUCCUUUCGGACUCUUUGGAGCCUGACAACGACCAAAAACAAAGAGAACUCUGAAAGGAAAUAAAGCCCUUUUUGAGGAAUUUGAACACAGUACCGUUGAUCAUUCGUCUUCUCCGGAUGCUCAGAAAUGGGGGAAUGGACUAUACUAGAGAGGCUCCUGGAGGCUGCUGUCCAGCAGCACUCUACUAUGAUCGGAAGGAUCCUGCUAACAGUGGUGGUCAUCUUCCGGAUUCUAAUCGUAGCAAUAGUUGGAGAGACUGUCUAUGAUGACGAGCAGACCAUGUUUGUUUGUAACACCUUACAGCCGGGCUGCAACCAAGCAUGUUACGACAAGGCUUUUCCCAUUUCACACAUUAGAUAUUGGGUUUUUCAGAUCAUCAUGGUGUGCACGCCGAGCCUUUGUUUUAUCACAUACUCAGUGCAUCAGUCUGCCAAGCAGAAGGAGCGGCGCUACUCCACAGUCUAUCUUACAUUAGAUAAGGAUCAAGAUUCACUAAAGCGAGACGAGAGCAAAAAGAUCAAGAACACCAUAGUCAAUGGAGUACUUCAGAACACCGAGAACUCCACCAAAGAAGCGGAACCGGACUGUUUGGAAGUGAAAGAGAUCCCCAAUUUGGCCAUGAGAACUACAAAGUCCAAAAUGAGGCGUCAGGAGGGCAUCUCCAGGUUUUACAUCAUCCAGGUGGUUUUCAGAAACGCGCUGGAAAUAGGCUUUUUAGUGGGCCAGUAUUUCCUGUAUGGAUUCAACGUCCCCUCCGUGUACGAAUGUGACCGCUACCCCUGCAUCAAAGACGUCGAGUGCUACGUCUCCAGACCCACGGAGAAGACGGUCUUCCUGGUCUUCAUGUUCGCGGUCAGCGGCUUUUGCGUGGUGCUGAACCUGGCAGAACUCAAUCACUUGGGCUGGAGGAAAAUCAAAACGGCCGUGCGGGGUGUGCAAGCCCGAAGAAAGUCAAUUUAUGAGAUCAGAAAUAAAGACUUGCCCCGGAUGAGUGUGCCCAAUUUCGGGCGCACGCAGUCCAGUGACUCUGCGUAUGUGUAACGCAUGGAAGCACACCAGGAUGGACAUGAAGGACUGCUUCGCACGCCUAGUUCUUGUCAUGAGUGGGCAGAUUUUCUUUGUCUGAUUAUCAGUCUUGUUUGCGAUUUGUUGACCUUUGAAGAACUUUCGUGGCAAGCGUGGAUGACACGUUUGUUCUCUCAUUUAUUAUUGCACUGAUGCAACUUUUUUGGUAAAGUUUCUACUCUGUAAAAAUCGAGGCCAUGUGUUCAGAGUGUCUCUUUGUGGGCUGAUCUGCUGUACUUGAAGAGAGAAAAUGCAAAAAUUGCACUAAGAGGUGAACACACUCUAGAGCCUGAUCUUUUACCCAAAUGUGCUUCUGCCCUAACAGUGUUGUAAGACUUCUUUUUCAUUUCCUUUCCACCCGUUUAUUCUAACUAAAUGGCACCAUUCUAAGGAGAAAAAUCUACCAUCCAGAUUUAUAUAUCCAUAUAUAAAUCCUCUGUAUAUGGUUAGAUUGAAAUCAGCCUAAUUCGUGUUAUUUUUUUGUUGCCUGUGUUGCACCACUAACCUUAACAUAUGUAACCAUUCCAUUGCUUAUUCGCUUACUUGCAAAACAAUAUGUGGUGAAUUUGCUGCAAGCAAACGUCUGUGACUUCCUUAAUUUAUGACACACCAAAGCGCCCACUGCUUUUAUUUGUGAUGUGUUCUUUUUCUUUUUUUUUGUUGCUUUUUUGCUUUUGUGUAAUCAAGUGCCAUACUUGUAUAUAAACAUAGUAUAAAUAUUUAUAUGUAUACAUAUAAAUAUAUAUAUAUAUAUAAAUCUAUUAUAACAAUAAUCAUCCUGAAAGCUGAUUCCCUGCUCGGAUUAUGCCUACUACUGACCAAUUUUUUAUUUUGCUCUAAAUGUAUUUGUUGUGAAUCAAAUCAAGAAAAUCAAGAUAUACAAAUGUCUAAUUUAUUUUGCAAAUGACUGGAAAAAGAAAUGGAGUGCUAGUCUUUUUAUAUAUGAAAAACAAAAACAAAACAAAAAACUGCAAUCGAAGCUGAUCAACACUGAAAAAUACAGCACAAAAUUGAUAUUUUUAUCAAAGAAUGGGCAAUAGACAUCUGUUCUGGUGCUACAAUUUUUCAUUGAAACGGUUUUAAAUGUAACCUAUAACAGAUCAGAGAGAAAAGCGUAAAACACCAUUUUCUUCUGUGGAAAAUAAACGUGGAAUUCAUGUACACCCGAAA